UGUUUCGACUGUAAGACAUAUGCGCUCAUUCGUUCCUGCCAUUUAUGACAUAACAGUGGCUGACCCUAAAAGUACUCCUGCUCCUACAAUGCUAAGACUCUUAAAUAGGAAACCUUCUGUGAAAAUGAUAAAACAGAAAAUGAUAAAAAACAUUGGAGAAGGCAAAGUAUCCGAAUCAAACAAUGGUGAUACAGUUAUUGAUAUUCCACCAGACCUGUUGAUUACAGAAUUUGAGGACCCAAUCGUAGCAAUAGUUAAUUCUACAUAUCCGGAAUUUACGAGCAAUUCUUGCUUCUACAUUGGAGGAGACGUGCGUGAUUAUUUCAGUGCAAAUUCUAUUGAUAAGUCGGAAUUCCACGAUGUAACAUUGGUUGACAUCCUCACCCCAGAAUUUCUCAGUUCACUGCAAACAUCAGGAUUACCUAACCAUCAUAUAAAACUAAAGGUUGGGACACCAAUUAUGGUCAUGAGAAACAUCAACCAGUAUGAAGGCUUAUGUAAUGGAACAAGGUUGAUAAUAACAAAGUUGGGUGGUGUGAUUUAAACUAUGUGAUUUUUAUUCUGGUGGUAAAAUUACUCUUGGUUGGGUGGAGAUAGAAGUUGAGUGUUGAGCCUUUGUUGCCUUUUAUAUGUACCAGUAUGUAAACUUGUAACAGGAUCAUGGCAUGUCUUAUGCUGUGUUAUUAUUAAUAUAUUUCU